UUUGAAAACCCUGUCGGUGCUUUGUUUUUGAAAACAAGAUUAUGUGAAAUGUCAACAGAAAUUUAACGUCCUUUACCUCAUGAAGCCAAUAAAAGAUUACAUUUGCCAUUUGUUUCAUCAAAUAAAAACACAGAUAAUUAGCAGCGUGAACGUUCCAUCAUUUACGUCGAACACAAAAGAGAGGUUAAGUCACGCGGGUGACUUUCAAGAAAUGGAAAAAUCCGAAACACAAAUUAAUACAGACGAUAAAGCCGACGACCUGUAUAAUGCAUUGGAUCUGGAAUUCGCGAAUCAAACGACCGCAUUGGGAUUCGAAUUUGUAGAAGUUGGGAACGACGAUCGAACUUCGGGUCCAACAGAAAACCACACCAUUGAGUCGAAUUGGGACCUGGAUAAUGUCGAAAAUAAUACUGACACCAAUGGACUAGAGGUGAAUCCAUUUCCGUCAGACAUAACAAACAAUGAGCAGAACAAGUCGAACUGUGAUGAGUUAGACGUUGAAUCCGAUCGUAAUGAAGAUAUUGAAGAUUAUACUCUGGUUGCCGAACUAUGCUCAUCGCCAGAGGAAGGUCAACGGGGUAUUUUAAGGUUCACAGUUAAGAUCGAUAACGUUGCCGACUUUGCGUGUCGACCACGAAAAGCCGUUUCAGAACAGUUCUACUGUCGCGGUUUUCCUUUUCAUCUGAAUGUACACAACAGGGGACGUGGACUCACCUUGUCGGCAUAUGUAUGCCGUGACGAAACAGAAAAUAAACUCCACGAUUCGGGAUUAGAAAUCGUGGCUGUAUGCGAGCUCAGCAUUUUCGAUCAGAUUCACGAAACUUACAAGUUCAAAAAGGUGUUCAGCAAUUCCUUUCGUGCUGGUGCAGACUGGGGAUACAGUCACUUUCUGGACAGACAUCAGGCAAAUAUCGGUGGUGAAGGAAUAUUGUUGAACAAUUCCUUGAUCAUUAAUGUACAAAUGAAAGCGGAGCCUCCACACUGCUGUGGCAAUAGUUCGAAAGAGAUAACCGGCUUCGUUGGAAUUCGUAACCAAGGAGCCACUUGCUAUAUGAACUCGCUACUACAAGUGCUUUACUUUCUCAACAAAUUUCGUACAGCAUGCUAUCGCAUACCCACUGAAAUGGACGACAAUUCGUCGAUGGCAUUGGCACUGCAGAAAGUGUUUUACAAUUUAGAGUUUUCGGACUCGUCCGUUUGCACAAAAAAUCUGACCAAAAGUUUUGGAUGGUCGAACGUUGACGUACUCAUGCAACACGAUGUACAGGAAAUGAUGCGAGUGUUGAUUGAUAGAAUCGAGAGCCGAAUGAAAAAUACGUUGCUGGAGCCGAUAUUGCCGAGCAUAUUUCAAGGCAAAUUCAUUUCAUAUGUGAAAUGUCGUGACAUCGAAUUUAGCAGUCAACGAGAAGAAGUUUUCUACGACGUGCAAUUGAGUCUCGACAAGUCCACCAAUGUUUACGAUUCAUUUAAACGAUACGUUUCGCCAGAGAUGAUGGACGACGAUAACAAGUACCAUGCGGGAACCCACGGUCUACAAGCGGCCGAAAAAGGAACAUUAUUCAUGAGCCUUCCGCCGGUGAUGUUUUUGCAUUUGCUGCGAUUCCAAUUCGACGGAACAACGAACCAAGUGAUGAAAAACAACAGUUACUUCGAAUUUUAUGAACACAUCAACCUAACCGAAUACGUUCGCGAGGAAGAAGCGACCGACUGGAAGUAUACGCUGUUCGCUGUCCUAUCGCACAGCGGUGGCGGGUCACAUGGACACUAUGUGGCAUACAUUAAUCCGUCAUUGAAGGGGGAAUGGUUUAAAUUCGAUGACGACACAAUCAGUUUAGUAUCGACUUUCGAUGCAAUUGAUUCGAAUUAUGGCAGUACUAAUGACGUCGAUGAGUGGACUAAGUCGAUGCAGUUGAACGCCUAUAUGUUGGUGUACGUGCGUGACCGUAUGGCCGACGAUGUAUUUGAACCGACUGAACAGAGGUACAUAUCAGAAGAACUGAAAAACGCGUCGUUGACCGAUGGAGAUGUAACAAAUUGCUAUAAUUUGAAUAAUUACACUUACACCACGGAGGUUUUCGUUUUGUUGACCACAUUGCUGGAAUCGGACAUUACUUUUCUUUUAAAGAAAUUCGUCGCUAUACCAAGAUUUACGGUGUCCAGAAACAUAACCACCAACGAUUUUAAGAAGGCUCUGGUAUCGGCCUAUCGCCUGUCUGGCAUGGAUCAAAUUCGUAUCUGGCGAGUCGUGUGUGCGGCUUCUAACAAUCCAUUUCCAGUGUACCUCAAUGAAGAGGAAUCGUUUAUACAGGCCACAGAGUGGCGAGACAUAUCGAGAUCUAGUGCAGUACCACCAACAGUAUGGGCUGAAAUCGCUCUGCCCGGUGAGGUCUUACCACCAUUCGAUGUGAAUAGGGACGUUCUCGUCUUCUAUAGCUAUUAUUGUGCUAAAGAAUGUCGUCAUAUGUACAUACAUCACGGAUAUCAUGAUAGAGAUGCCAGCUUAGCCGAACUCGUUCCGCUUUUUAAUCGACUAAUGGAGUGGACGGAUCGAGAAUUGAAUAUUUAUCAGGUCAUCCGAAAUACGAAGGUUAAGGAGUUGAAUACUUCGAGCAACUUUAUGGAUCACGCUAUACUCCAAUAUGAUACACUCCUGAUGCAAAUUGUCUUUGAGCCGAAGGAGCACGACGUGUCGACCAAAUUGAAUAGCAUCCAUUUGUAUUACCAGGACAUUUUGUGUCGCGUUGAGUUUGUUGCAUCCAAUGCCGAUAAUACCCAAAAAGAGGAUGAAAUUUUCGUGAUGUCGCUGGAGUCAUCAUUCCCGGAAUUAUUGGACGUACUUGCAAGGCGACUGAACUACGACAUGAAGAAAAUACAAAUUUUCAGAAAUCGUUGCAUCACUUCAGGAAUGCCAGUACCGAGUUCAUCCACAGGAACAUUGAGAUCGUUAUUUGAAUGUCAUUACAAACGAAUCCAAUUGUUCUACAGGCUGCACACGGUAGACGUCAUCGAUGUCGAAACGAAGCAUAAUUUUACAUUCCAAUGGCUGUCCAUUGACAUGAAGAAACAAAGCAGCCUUACGUUAUACCUAUCCGACGAUGAAACAAUCGAAAGCAUCCUGGCUGCAGCCGAGAAAAUUAUCGAUUCAGUACAGACAAAGGGAUCGGGAAAAUUUCGUAUACUCAAGGUCAGUGAAGACCGGUUGAGUUUUGUCGAAGAUGUGGCGGAAAUAUACACCUACUUUGAAGAAAUGAAAGAGCAGCGCCUUCCACAGAAAGCAUUCUUCUUUCGCAUCGAGGAAAUACCGAAAGAUGACGAAAUUCUGCAUGAAAACGAGAAAUUUAUUCCUGUGUUUCAAAAUCGUGCUCACAUGCAGUCGAGGCCCACAACUCAUCCAUUUAUGUUAAAAGUCGAUAUGACUGAAUCGUGGCAGAGUGUAAAGGAUCGUCUGCGCUCCCGUUUGAAAAUAUCGGAAAAGAAUUGGACCGAUUACACAGCAUCUGUUUCGUCACCCAACGACUGGGAUGAUUUGGAAAUAGACGAUACCAAGUGCUUCAAUGAUGUUGUACAGCAAUCACCUGAAACGAUUUCAAUUUGUCUCAAUAAAAUGAAGAACACAUUUAAGCCUCGACGUGCUUCGACUAAAUUUGAGAUGGUCAAGCCGACGUGUUGAUACGAAUAUGUUUUCCCAAGUUCCAAGACUGUCUAAUUAAAAAAGAAAAGGAUUAUAAUGUCAGAAGUAAAUUAAUUGUUGUCCGAAAUGUGAAUAAUUUUAAGUUGUUCAGAAUGAUAUAAGUUAGCUUUACAUGGGGCAACCUGUCGAUAAAAUAAAAAAAAAUAAUUGUUUGUUUGAAUUGA